AUCGGUUAAUAUAUUGUGAAAGAACGAACGUGAAAAACUUGUAAAUUUUCAUUUGGGUUUUUGGAUAGUUUGCUGCAAUCCUACUGCAGUUAUUUUACAAUAAAAAUAAAUUGUAAAGCUUCCUCUACACGAUGUAUAUAAAAAUCCAAUGAAAUUUACAUUCUUAACGUCGAAAAUCUAAAAACGAAAAGUCGUGAAAAUCGGGCCAGCAGAAGCAGCAUUCAACACACUCAUACAUCGCCACAACACACAUUGUCGAUAGAUUUGUACCCACCUUUUGAACAAAAAUUAAAUAAAACCAGAACCACGACGGCCAAAGAAGUCUCACCAACGUCAUCUUGGCAAACAAUUACAACAAAAUUCCAAGAUUAAUUCUUGAAUAAAGCGUGAAGAAAGCAUUUACAUACAGUGAUUCUUAGUGUUAGAUUAAUAAAAAAAAAGUAUAUUUUUAACGACGAAAUAAAAUUUUAAGCAAGAGCGUGCAAACAGCAACAAAAAGAUUUAUCAUAAAUUUGUGCCUAAUAUUGUGUUCUUCAUUUGCUGUGUUUCAAAUACCAGAAAUUUAGAGAAAUUCUUAUUCUAAGCAUAAAAUUGUAACAAAAUAUUGCCAUUUCUGUUAACGAAACCAAAACGAAAAUCGUAACAACAACAAAAAUCAAUUCUGACUACAAGUGAUACAACAAAAGUCUGAACAAAUCCAUAUAGUUUAUCAACACACUCACACACACACUACAAAGGAGAAACAAAAAGAGCAAGACAAACAAGUCUUUUUUUUAUAAUUCUAAUUCAAUAGUAAUCUAAAAAAGACAUCAAAAUGUAUCCCGUUGGACAACAAACACAAUGGACUACACCCACGCACACGAGGCCUCAGAGCCCAUCUCAACAGCAGACUAGCUUCGACACCCUCACAUCACCACCAGCUCCUGGUUCAUCUGUGAAUCCCACCGCUGUUACUAGCCCAAGUGCUUCUAAUGUUGCUGUUGGUGGUGCCGUUGGAGGCGCCUCCUCCACCCAGGCAGCUGUAGAUUCUGCUUUAGGUGCUUCAUCGACUGUUACACCAGCAACAGCUGCUGCGGCCGCCACCCCUACUCAAUCUGAACUGCCUGUAUUUACAUGCCCUAGACGACCGAAUUUGGGUCGCGAAGGCCGGCCCAUAGUAUUGCGAGCCAAUCAUUUUCAAGUUAGCAUGCCCCGUGGCUAUGUGCACCAUUAUGAUAUUAAUAUACAACCGGAUAAAUGUCCCCGCAAAGUAAAUCGUGAAAUUAUUGAGACUAUGGUACAUGCCUACAGCAAAAUUUUUGGCGUUUUGAAACCCGUCUUUGAUGGCCGCAACAACUUGUAUACGCGUGAUCCUUUGCCCAUAGGCAAUGAUCGUUUGGAGUUGGAAGUAACUUUGCCGGGAGAGGGUAAAGAUAGAAUAUUUCGUGUAACCAUAAAGUGGAUGGCUCAAGUGUCUCUCUUUAAUUUGGAGGAGGCUUUGGAGGGACGUACACGGCAAAUACCUUAUGAUGCUAUUUUGGCAUUGGAUGUGGUAAUGCGUCAUUUGCCCAGUAUGACUUAUACGCCGGUGGGCAGAAGUUUCUUCAGCUCUCCCGAUGGUUAUUAUCAUCCCUUGGGGGGAGGUCGUGAGGUCUGGUUUGGUUUUCAUCAAAGUGUGCGACCAUCACAAUGGAAGAUGAUGCUUAAUAUCGAUGUUUCGGCAACUGCUUUCUAUAAAUCUCAACCCGUCAUUGAUUUUAUGUGUGAAGUUCUGGAUAUUAGAGAUAUUAAUGAGCAACGCAAACCCUUGACAGACUCUCAGCGCGUCAAGUUCACUAAGGAAAUCAAAGGCUUGAAAAUUGAAAUCACCCAUUGUGGACAAAUGAGACGUAAAUAUCGUGUUUGCAAUGUGACCAGAAGACCUGCUCAAAUGCAAUCUUUCCCUCUUCAACUGGAGAAUGGCCAAACUGUCGAGUGCACGGUUGCAAAAUAUUUUCUCGAUAAGUAUCGCAUGAAAUUGCGAUUCCCCCAUUUGCCCUGUCUGCAGGUAGGCCAAGAACAUAAACAUACCUAUUUGCCAUUGGAAGUAUGCCAUAUUGUGGCUGGGCAGAGAUGUAUUAAGAAACUGACAGAUAUGCAAACAUCCACCAUGAUUAAGGCCACAGCACGUUCCGCCCCAGAUCGUGAGAGGGAAAUUAAUAAUUUGGUUAAAAGGGCCGACUUCAAUAAUGAUUCAUAUGUUCAAGAAUUUGGUUUAACCAUAUCGAAUUCCAUGAUGGAAGUAAGGGGUCGUGUCUUGCCGCCACCAAAGCUUCAAUAUGGGGGAAGGGUAUCCAGCAUGACGGGCCAACAACUUUUCCCACCUCAAAAUAAGGUCUCCUUGGCCUCACCUAAUCAAGGUGUCUGGGAUAUGCGUGGCAAACAAUUUUUCACCGGCGUUGAGAUCAGAGUCUGGGCUAUCGCAUGUUUCGCCCCUCAGCGCACUGUGCGAGAAGAUGCCUUGCGCAAUUUCACUCAACAACUGCAAAAAAUAUCGAACGAUGCGGGUAUGCCCAUAAUUGGCCAGCCUUGCUUCUGCAAAUAUGCUACGGGCCCGGAUCAAGUUGAGCCCAUGUUUAAAUAUUUAAAGCAAUCCUUUGCCAGUUUACAGUUGGUAGUAGUUGUGCUGCCGGGAAAGACGCCAGUUUAUGCUGAAGUGAAGCGUGUGGGUGAUACCGUUUUGGGUAUGGCCACCCAGUGCGUGCAAGCUAAGAAUGUAAAUAAAACUUCGCCACAAACUCUCUCGAACUUAUGUCUCAAAAUCAAUGUUAAAUUGGGUGGCAUUAACUCGAUUCUGGUGCCUUCAAUACGGCCUAAAGUUUUCAAUGAACCUGUCAUUUUCUUGGGCGCCGAUGUCACCCAUCCUCCGGCUGGGGACAAUAAGAAGCCCUCAAUUGCAGCUGUUGUUGGUUCCAUGGACGCUCAUCCUUCACGCUAUGCGGCCACUGUGAGAGUGCAACAGCAUCGUCAAGAAAUCAUACAAGAAUUGUCCAGCAUGGUUCGUGAACUUUUGAUUAUGUUCUACAAAUCUACCGGUGGCUAUAAGCCACAUCGAAUUAUUUUAUAUCGCGAUGGUGUAUCAGAGGGUCAAUUCCCACAUGUUUUGCAGCACGAAUUGACAGCGAUACGCGAAGCAUGCAUUAAACUAGAGGCUGAAUACCGUCCAGGUAUUACAUUUAUUGUUGUACAAAAAAGACAUCACACAAGACUAUUUUGUGCUGAGAAAAAGGAACAAAGUGGUAAAUCUGGUAAUAUACCAGCUGGCACAACGGUCGACGUUGGCAUUACGCAUCCUACAGAGUUUGAUUUUUACUUGUGUAGUCAUCAAGGUAUUCAGGGCACCAGUCGACCUUCCCACUAUCAUGUUCUUUGGGAUGACAAUCACUUUGACUCUGAUGAACUGCAAUGUUUAACAUAUCAAUUGUGUCACACAUAUGUCCGUUGUACACGUUCUGUUUCGAUACCUGCGCCAGCCUAUUAUGCGCAUCUUGUUGCUUUUAGAGCAAGAUAUCACUUGGUUGAAAAAGAACACGACUCUGGCGAAGGUUCACACCAAAGUGGCUGUUCCGAGGAUCGUACGCCUGGAGCCAUGGCUCGUGCCAUUACAGUACAUGCGGAUACCAAAAAGGUUAUGUACUUUGCCUAAAUUCUUUUUUAUGUUUAUGUAUAUUGAUUUUUAUACAUGUGUACAUAUUCGUAAACAUGCAUACAUACCUAUGCAUAUGUAUGACAUUCGCUAAGAAAACGGCAGUAACUUUACUAACGUCGUUCCGGUCUCUCUCACAUACACACAAUACAUACACACACUCACAGAUAUUCAAACGAAAUCCUUCCCAAAUUCCUUUACUCCCUUAAAACUUUUACUUUUACGAAAUGAAAAAAAAAGAACAAAAUGCCAAAAACAAAUUAUGAAACAAUUUUCCCCGAAACAAACUUCGAAUACCAGGCAAAUCAUGCAUCUAAUUUUAACACAAUGCAAACAACACAAAUCAAAGCAUUUCAAUACAGAAAAAGGACAAAUGUGUUAACAACAAAUUCAUUGGGGUUGCUUUGACUAUAAUGCAAAAUUAAAUGUUUCCUUUUGGGAAAUAAUUCAAUAAAGCACUACUAAACUAUAGUACUUCAAUUUAUUUAAUGAAACAACAAACAAAGCAAAGAAAACAUAAAAUACAAAGAAAUUAUUUAUAAUUUUUAGAAUAAGUUUUAAGUUUAAAAUUGUGUCAAUAAAUUGAAUAAAUUAGGUUAAAAAUACAAUACCCACAAACAAAAAGAAAAAAAAAACAAGAAAAAGAAGCCAAGAUAUGUAAUCAAAAAAACCCAAAACGGAUUUGCUGAAUAUUGAAAAAGAGUAAAACAAAAUCAUUGUAAGAAAAAAAAGGUUUUCACUGAAACUUAAUUUUAUGCAAUAAUUCCUCUAUCCUUAAACCAACAGUUGCGGAUAUAUCUAACUUUACUAGCGAAAAACGGGAUCAACCAAUCAAA